AAACUCCAUGUUUGCAUUCAAGCACAGGAUCUACAAGCAAGAAUGGCAAGAUAGAAGAAUUCCUGAAGAACUUCAAGAAUUUGGAGGCUGCUUGGGCAGAAGAGCCAGCUACUGAAGGAAACAAUUCUGCUAGCUCUCCGGAUGAGGAAAUCUUUUCUCCACCUGAAGCACCUUGCUUCCACAUACGUCAAGAUGAUGAUCAAGCAUCUGAUAUCUUUGAGUCGUUGUUACUCUUUUUAAAUAGGAAAGAGUAUGAGAGAAACUUCAAGCACCUGUAUGAUUUUUCUUAUCCAUUAAUCAACAGCAUGUUCUAUGGGUUUUCUGAAGAAGAAGGACUGGUUAGUUUUCUUAGACUAGCACGGGAAGCAGCAAAGAAAGCAGGUAUGUCCUGGGCACUAGCAAGGCUAUGCUUUCUCUUAGGCAGGCUUAGUGUUAAAAAGCUGAAGUUUUCCCAAGCUCGGGUGUAUUUUGAGGAAGCGUUGAGAGCAAUAGCUGGAGGGUUUAGCGAUUUGUACCUUGUAACUGCUCUUUAUACAAAUCUAACAGUUAUCUACUUGACACAGAAGAACAAAGAAAAAUGUGCUCAUGUUUUUGAUAAGGCUACAGCUCUCCUCAUGGGAAUUCCCAACUACAUUUGCAGUGCUGACCUGGAGUCAGAUAUUCUGAAGUAUGCUCUGAAGAGGACAAUUCUGAGCCAGAACAAAGAUGCAGAGGCAAGGGCAUGCUUUCUCCUGGCAAAACACUACAGUGCCCACAAGCAACGUGAAGAGGCAUUACCAUUCUUGGAAAGGUUUCAACUGUUGCUUAAUGACUUGGGUUUACAAAACAACUGUUAUAUCAAACUAGCAGAGUCCUACAAUGAAAAGUGUUUGCCGCACAUUGUAUUAAGUUGCAUAAAGGUCGCCUCUUCCCAGAGCUCUGGUACUUUAAAAGAUUCCUUGAAAAUGAUUGAUUUGGUCAUCAAAAAUGCUCCCAAGCUCUAUGGCCUGAGGAAACUCAGGCCAAUACUCCCAUCCCAAGUGGCACCUUACUUCAUACAAGCACUUUCCUCUGUUUUUACUAAUGAGGAGCAAGGACUACGCAGCACGAUCUAUCUUAGUUUAGCAAAACUGUACAGCCACCACAAAUGGUAUGGAAAAGCCAUUGUUUACAUGAUGAAAGCACUGAACUCUGAUGUUUCUGCUAAGCCAGAGGAAACUAUUAACUGUUUGGUUUCACUUGCUUGGCUACACAUUCUUUACAGGCAAUAUGAUGUGGCUUUAGCAAUUUUAAAUGCUGUUGUAGAUUCUUCAUGGAGCAAUCCUCAACAACUAGGCUGUGCUUAUAACAUGCUUGCUAUUGCUUUGAAAAGAACAAACAAUACAAAAGAAGCUGUUGAGAGCUACUACAAAGCACUGCAUCUUUCAGAAGAGACUGAUAUGACCCAUAACCAAGCUAUAGUCCUGGCUAAUUUUGGGACACUCUGUCUGCGUGCAGCAGCCAGCAAGCUGGCAGAACAUUAUUUUAUCAGGGCAGUGAAGCUGUUCUCCAAACUUCCAAGUAUGGACCACAGCCAAGACUUUAUCCAAGUCCUCCUUCAGCUGGGAUGUUACUAUGUUAGUGGAACUCAAAGGGAAAAAGGAAGGUUUUACUAUGAAUGGGCAUUUUUAGUUGCAAUGGAGACAAGUCAUCUGGAAAGUCAACUACAAGCAAUUAAACUGCUGUGUCAGUUCUACAGUACAGUUGUUCCCAAUGAAGCUCAGUGUGUCAUCUACAAUGAAUAUCAACUAUCUUUAGCUAGGAAGAUGUCCAAUAAAGUUCUGGAGGGACAAAUUUUGGAAACCAUUAGUCAGCUCUAUUUGUCUUUAGGAACAGAAAGGGCUUACAGGUCAGCUCUGGAAUAUACCAAAAGAAGCCUUGGAAUAUUUAUAGAUCUGCAGAAAAAAGAGAAAGAGGCAUAUGCUUGGCUACGGGCAGGAAAGAUAUAUUAUGUUCUGAGGCAGAAUGAGCUUGUGGAUCUUUAUAUCCAGGUUGCUCAGGAUGCUGCUCUCUACACAGGAGAUCCAAAUUUGGGAAUGGAAUUGUUUGAAGCUGCUGGAGACAUAUUUUUCAAUGGUACUUGGGACAAGGAGAAAGCAGUGACUUUCUACAAGGACAGGGCUCUUCCACUUGCUGUUCAAACUGGCAACAAAGCCACAGAACUCAGAUUAUACAAUAAACUGGUGGAAUUGCUGGUGAAUCUGAAGGUUUAUGAGGAAAGUCUGGAAUAUGCCAAAGCAUCUCUCAUGCUCAGUGUAAAUUUAGGAAAUCAGCUAAAUGAGCGAAUAGCUUACCAUCGCCUGGCUGCUAUCCAUCAUCAUUUGGGUCACUGUGAACUAGCUGAACACUUCUAUUUAAAGGCCUUGUCCCUCUGUUCCUCUCCUCUGGAGUUUGAGGAGGAAACACUGUAUUAUAUGAAGGUGUACUUGGUCUUAGGAGACAUUAUAUUCUAUGAUCUUAAGGACCCCUUUGAUGCUGCAGGCUAUUACCAUUUGGCACUUGCUGCUGCCAUGGACCUCGGCAAUAAAAAAGCUCAACUGAAGAUUUACACAAGACUUGCGAUAAUCUACCAUAACUUCCUUGUGGAUCGGGAAAAGUCUCUCUUCUUUUAUCAAAAGGCAAGAACCUUUGCAACAGAGCUGAAUGUUAGAAGAAUAAAUCUAGCUCCUGAUCGGUGUUAUAAGAGCUCAUAA